UUUAAAAAAAAAACAUAUGUAAAAUAACUUUCAAGAGAAACACUAUUUACUUUUCCGACACGUAAACACUUACACACAAGAAAAUUCUCCCUUUCACAAUCCGGAAUGGCUUCUGUUAGCAGCAACAAGGGAGUGAGGUCUAGAACUAGACGACGCCUGGAUUUUGACAUGGAGUCAAGUAAGUCACCACAACCAGAGCCACAGCCUGCCUCAGCCAAUAUACCAGAAUCAAGACGACAAAGAAUACCUCGUCUUCUCCAAGAAUCAUCAUCUACAACUACUAUGAAAACGCAACAAUCUAAUGAUGAAGUAUCUCAACGUUUGGAGAGAAGAUGUGAAAAGUUAAGAAAGUGUUUAAACAAGGCCAAGAACCAAAAAUCUAUUGUUCAGAAUUCAAGGACAAGUCAGGAAAUAAAGGAACUCAUAAACCAAAACAAAACAUUUGUAAUUCCAUCUGACAGAGGAUUAGACUCAAAUGCAGUGGAUAAAUCAGUUCCAAUAUUUGACGUCAUUUUCCCAUUAAAGAAAUGCGUGAGAGGUGUCACUGACAAAAAGGAUUCUCUAUUUAAUCAAAUUGAUGCCGAGACAGAUGACAUGCUCCUUGCAGACAUUGAAAUGUAUUCUAACAUAGCAAACAAAGUGCUUACCAAUCGAGUCCUAGAAGGUGAAAGGAAGAGUUUAGAACGCACGCGAAGGAUGAGCCAAACGAUGAAUGCAAGGGAGCAGAACUUAAAGACCGGAAAAGUGGUAGAAGAUGUCCUGCCAGAAACUGUAGCUGCAUUUAUUACCUCAGAAGAAAAAGAGUUUAAGUCACUACCAGAAGUAACAUAUCAGAAGUUAUUUCCUGAAGAUAAGUCCAGUCCAACAGUUAAAGUACUUCAUACCGCGAAGAAUAAGAAGAGCGCAAUAAUACCAGUGUCAUCUUUGUCACAUAAAGAGGGCAUGUUAGAAUAUGAAGACGCUUCUUAUUUGGAAUUUGAAAGCCCUUCUGAUUUUGACAUUCCUGAGCCUCAUCCUAUGAACAUUGGAAACAAGCCUUCUGAGAUUCUUGGCAGCAGUCAAACGGAGGGUGAUAAAUUUGAUGUCUGUUUGGAAACCAUACCUCCUGUAAGGGGAAAUCUAGUGCAACUAAGAGGCUCAGUACCUCCAAAAUGGUUCCCUGGUUACACAUAUGCUCUUCCUAAAAGUUCUGAUACAAUACGUGUAGAUCAACCAUAUCACAUAUUUGAGGAAGCGUGGAAAGCAUUUUCACCAACACAAUGCAGCAGCCCAGAAGGAACGAUAAUUGUUGGAAAUUAGAUGCUAAGUAGUUCAGUACACUUCUCUCAAUGGGUGUUCUGCGGUACUCAAAAAUUAAGUUAGUAAAAAUUGUAAACAGUAAUUUUCACAAUAAAUAAAAUAUUCCUGAACA